CAAUGAAUCGGUCACACCGGCUCCAUUUUAAUUCAAUGGUUUUUUUCUGACCGAAAUAAGUUAAGAUUGUAAUUGCAGCUGCGCUGCAUUUGCAAAUAUCCAUUACUAGUGCAAAUAAUAAACGAGUAACAAUUUGGUAACGCUCGUGCUACCGUGUGUAUGCUAUCGAUUCGACUGCAGUGCCGGGCAGCAAACUCCACCCCAGUCCACCUCCACCCAAGUCGAGCGAUAUUUGAGGUGUAAUUGAACACUGAUAAGAUAAACACUGUUCAAUAAUAAUUGUGAAAUUAAGAAUAUGGCGGAACGCGAGCGCAGCAUACAUGAAAUGCUCAAAGACACACCGUCAAUGAAUGACAGUUGCGGCGCUGUCCACACUGGCACCGAGGGCACCAUCGGCAUUGGCAGCGGAAUCGGAAUUGGGAUGGGGAUGGGAAUCGGGAUGAGCGGCAGCGCAAGCAGCCACAGUAUUGGAACUGGUAUACCGUUAAGUACGAGCAGCAGUUUGCCAUUGCGAAAUCAUUCUGCACCAACGACACCCAUGUCACCGACAAGUCCGCAGACGAGCAAUGGCUUUCUAACAUCAACAGAUGGCAGCAGCAGCCUUAUACGGACAAGUGCGUCCAAGAUUGAUAGCAUCAAGAACUGGAGCAUAUCAACGUACAAAUGCACGCGACAGAUAAUGCUAGAGAAACUGGGCAAAUCGCAGCGCACCGUCGACUCGGAGCUGGAGGCGCAAAUCGAACAGUUGCGCGAGACCCAACGAAAAUAUUUAUCCAUUUUGCGACUAACACGCGCCUUCAGCUCACAUUUCCAGCAUGUUGUUGUGUCGCAGCAGGCGCUAGCAGAUGCCUUUGCUGAUCUGGCGCAAAAGAAUCCCGAACUGCAGAAGGAAUUCAUCUGCAAUUCGGAGACGCAACGCAACUUGACCAAGAACGGCGAACUGCUCUUGAACGCACUGAACUUUUUCAUCUCGUCUGUGAAUACGCUGUGCAAUAAGACCAUCGACGAUACCCUGCUAACAAUACGACAAUACGAGACGGCGAGAAUUGAAUUCGAUGCCUAUCGAAUGGAUUUGGAGAAUACUAAGCCAGAGUUAACGGAUGCGGCGGCAUCGCUAGAGGAGACCCAGCGCAGUUAUGCCCAUCAUAAGGAUCUGUAUGAGAAGCUGCGCGGCGAUGUCGCCGUGAAAAUGCAAUUUCUCGAUGAGAAUCGCAUCAAAGUGAUGCACAAACAACUCAUUCUGUUGCAUAAUGCCAUUGCUGCAUACUUCUCGGGCAAUGCCAUGGCACUGGAGAGCACAUUGAAGCAAUUCAAUAUCAAGUUGAAAUCGCCGAAUAACGUGACUGGUUCAUGGCUGGAACAGUAGUGUACGUCGCCUCCACAUCAGCACCCUCAAAACCAGCAAAAAAAAAAAAAGAAAAAGCAAAAGUAUUACCCCCUUAUAUAGCAUAUGAACCAUUUUGUCACCAACAUGCCGGCACUUAUGCGUAUAUUUCAAGUAUAGCUAAGGGAGUACGCUCUCUUUAAAAGCUGCCUGACUCGAAACAAUAUUUAAGUCGGAAUUCCUAAUUUAUAAGCAGAAAGUGUAAGCGAGCACAGUCCAUAUUACAUACAUAUAUAUAUCUAUAAUUUUUUUGUAUGUAACAACGUAUAAAUUUCCACACGCAACUCAUACUUAAAAUAGUUCCUUCUGUUUCCAAAUUAAUCUAUUAAUUGUACAAUGUGGUCGAAAAGCGCUUAGUGCAAUA